UUCAUCAAACUCGGUGGGAAAUAGCUCCUCGCCCAAACAAGAAAUAAAACGACAGCGUAAAACGACAGCCUAGUAUCACCCGUGCUUUUGGUUGGAAAAUGACAGUAAGGCAUGAGCUGGGCUGAGCUGAGCUGAACUGCCGACACUUGGUUUGUUUUCCGAACCAAACAACAAGCACGUCAUAAACCCAAAUUACUCACCCUAACCAACACUUGUACCACUCCAUCACUACUGCAAAACUUUACUGCCCCCACUGUCUCCACUUCAUCUUCUCUCUUCUCAGAUCUCAAGAAUCAAAGAUGCUGCACGCUAAGUCCGAUUCCGACGUCACCAGCCUCGCCCCCUCCUCCCCCAGAUCUCCAAAACGCGCCGUGUACUACGUCCAGAGUCCUUCACGUGACUCCCACGAUGGCGACAAAUCAUCCACCAUGCAAAACACGCCCGCCUACAAUACUCCCACCGACUCCCCCUCCCAUCCCUCCUACGGACGCCACUCCAGGGAGUCAUCCGCCAGCCGAUUCUCCGGCACCUUCCGGUUCUCCAGGGGCCGAAAGAGAAACGAGAAGGGAUGGCCUGAAUGUAAAGUCAUCGAAGAAGAAGGAGAUUAUAAUGACUAUUAUUCCCCUGAUAAAGGCUACUACCGGAGGUGUCAGAUUUUGAUUGGUGUCGCUGCUUUUCUCUUGGUGUUUUCUGUUUUUUGUUUAAUCAUUUGGGGCGCUAGUCGCCCUUUUAAAGCCCAGAUUACCGUCAAGAGUUUGAGCAUACAUAAUUUUUAUCUGGGAGUGGGAACAGACAUGACUGGGGUGCCAACGAAGAUGCUGACUUUGAAUUCUUCUAUGAAGAUGAGUGUGUAUAACCCUGCUACAUUUUUUGGUAUUCAUCUCAGCGCUACACCUGUCAAGCUUAUGUUCUCCGAGAUUGCUGUUGCCACUGGUGAGUUGAAGAAAUACUAUCAACCAAGAAAGAGCCACAGGGUUGUUAAUGUCAACCUGGAAGGAAACAAAAUUCCUCUGUAUGGAGCCGGGUCGAGCUUGUUAGUGUCGGAUAACAGUGGCGGAAUUCCGGUGGUUCUGGUGUUUGAAGUGAGGCAAAGAGGGAAUGUGGUGGGGAAGCUGGUAAGGUCGACGCAUCGAAAACGUGUAUCAUGCUCCCUAGUCAUAGACUCGCGAAGCAACAAACCCAUCAAACUUACAAAGGAGUCCUGUACAUACACAUAAUUCCCCGUCUUCUGCAGUAUAUAGCUAUUAAAAUAUUAUAUGUAAGAGCUAUGUCUUUCUUAACUCAUCCCACUCUGAUUCUUUUCCCUACACUUACCUGGUUUUAACAUUAUUUGUUGGUCAUUUCGACUAAGUUGAUGCUAAUAUUGUAUUAACCUGUUUCGCCGUU